GCGCGGGAAGCUUUAUCUUGGUUUUCGAUCUAGGAAAAAGGACGUUCAACGUAGCCAUCAUCGAAGUCAAGGACGGAGUAAAUGAGUUGUACGACUUCACUGUCAGAGGGGUUGAAGGCGAGUCUCUUCUGGGGGGGGCAGACUUCGACAGGAGGCUCACCAUGCUCGCGGUGAAAAAGACGAAGCUUGAGUGUUCGGACAUCCCCGAUGGUGCUGAGGUCGUCCCGUUCUCUCGAGAGUUAGUUGUUAGUGCAAAGCACACCCUCUCCACUUACACGUCGACAGAUAUUGAGAUGAAGGCCGGGAGCUUUGAUCAUUGUAUCUGCGUAAAACGUGCUGAGUUCGAGUACGUGAACGAAGACCUGUUUCAGAGGUGCAUAACGGUCGUCGAGAAGGCUCUCACACGGGCGGGUAUGAACAAGAACCAGAUCUCGGAUGUGGUGUUGGCGGGACGUUCCACUAGGAUACCUCGGGUGAGGGUGCUGCUUACUGAGUUUUUCGAUGGUAGAGCGCCGUUACAGACCGUUAACCCUGAUGAGGUGGUUGCAUACGGGGUGGCAGUCCAGGCAGGUCUUCUGUGCCGGAAGCGGGCGGCAGCCCAGGCAGGUUUUCUGUGCCGGAACGACUUGGCGGCGCCUAUCUUGAUCAUCCAGGCGAUCACGGCGCAUAGUAUUGGCGUGGGCGGUGAUUUGGGCGAAAUGUCUGUGAUCAUACCCAAAGGUUCCCCUAUUCCGACCAUAGGGUCUUGGGAGCUCGCGAUGGGGAAGGAUGAGCAGACCACAGUGCGCUUCAACCUAUACGAAGGAGAUAGACAUUUCUGCGUGCAUAACAAGUUGUUGGGUGCGCUACGGCUGAAGUCGCCGCUGGACCUGUCCAACUCAGAGCAGCGGGUGAAAAGAGGCCAGAAGAUCAAGGUUUUCCUUGAGGUGGAUUCGAAUGGGAUUCUUGCAGCAUGGCUUGAGGAGGGUGCACUGCAGACAAGGCCCACAAGGGUUGUUUCUGUGGAGAAAGAAUGGCCGGGACUUUAUAACAGCGUGCAGGAAGAGGAGGGUUCAGACUGUCCCGUUUGUCAUUCGGAUGAUCAGGCUCUUCUCUGCUCGAAGUGGAACAAGACUAUUGGUUGCCAGGUGUCGCUAGCUGUGCAAGAUUAUCGAGACAGGCAAAACAGUUGGAAUGGUAAUCUGACUUAUGUUCUAGAGGAGGAGAAGCGUGCCUGUGAAGGGCAACUCAAGGACAUUGUCGGGGAGAUUGGCCACAAAUGGCGAAACAUAGCUGUCGCUUAUCUGCCUCCACGGCAUUUGUGUUGGGCAAAGGCAUCGCCGGGACAAGAUGACACUAUCAUGCACUCUGAGAACCCCGUAGUCUCGACGGUUCGGCACGUAAGGCGGGUGAUCGGGAAUUUGACGAGCACCGAAGCGGCUGACAGCACGCACAUCCUAAUCGCCGGAAGCGCAGCGCUGGAGAUGUGGAAUGCCCUUGUAAAGGAGGAUGAGAUUGACGGCUUUCUUUUUGAAGGUGGGUUCCGAGACCCUCGCCUCGUUGACAAAUUCCUUAAGGGGGGGGCAAGCUGGAGGAUUCGCCCAGGAGGGGCGGCCAAAGUGUUACUGCUUUGUGGCGGGAAAAACGAGAGUGCGACGUUCGGUGAGUCUCAGCGAGUCUGGUUGAGCACCGUUACAGAGGAGAUGAUGGGUGAACAAGAGGUCAUCUGGAUAACCACGAGGUAUGUACCGACUUUGGCGGUGAGUUCAGGUAGGGGCAUGAUCAUGGAGAUCGACGGCUCGUACGCCUUGCUCUCAAGGGACGGUUGUAUUAUAAAAGACUACCGGAGGAUGGGGAAAGACACGCGGAAGGUGAAGAUAGUCCCCAUUUUCAAGACAGACAAGAACGGCCAAGGACAAGAACUAGCGGAGGCGCUAUCAGCAUUGCGGGAGAAAAUGACGGGAGAAACUGAUACUGAAUGGGCAGAGCUUCUGCUUGAGUACAGGCCCGCAGACGGUGUGAGCAGCGAGCGUUCUCUUAUUGAGGACAUAGAGAGCGCUCACGCCCACAUCAGGAGACGGGUUUUGACAAACUUCGGCCCCGAGGCGGCGCAGGAGAUGCGCAUCGUGUGCUCCCUCGAAGAUGGGCUGGCGUCAGACACGCGUCGACGAAUCACCAAUCUGCCCCAUGUAAAUGGGGUAAGCCUGCGGCUUAGCAAUAGCCGACCAAAUACUAGGACUGACCUUGCGGCCUAGAAUCCCUAGAUGCAGUCUAGACUGCAUCUUUUUUUGGCUCUUUUGUUGUUAUUAUAAAAAAAUUGAUUUGAUGAGUUCUCAGAGGGGACCAUUGGCCUUACACU